UGCAUCUUUUAUAGAAUAUUUUCCCUUUUUAUACAAAAAAAAGUUUUUUUUUUCAUAAAUUUUAUGAGUUUUUCUUAAGGUUCUUCUUAAUCUUUUGUUAGUUCGUUUGGCUUAAGUUAAUGUUUAUCAAUCACAAAUCAUGUCGAAUAGUGUGCGUCCUUUAAAGAUCACCAUAGUUGGUGAUGGUAUGGUGGGAAAGACUUGUAUGCUAAUCACCUAUACACAAAAUGAAUUUCCUGAAGAAUAUAUACCCACGGUUUUCGAUAAUCAUGCCUGCACCAUAAGUGUUGACGACAAGGAAUACAGUCUAACGUUGUGGGAUACAGCGGGUCAGGAGGAUUAUGAACGUUUAAGACCUUUAAGUUAUCCAAAUACCAGUUGUUUUCUCUUGUGCUAUUCCAUCAGUAGUCGAGCUUCCUUUGAAAACAUCAAAAGUAAAUGGUGGCCCGAAAUUCGUCAUUAUUCCAACAAUGUGCCCGUCGUUUUGGUCGGUACUAAAUUGGAUUUGCGUAUAGCAAAUUCUGAAAAAUUCGUAACAACAGCCGAAGGACGUCGUUUGAAAAAAGAGAUACAUGCCCAUUCUCUGGUCGAGUGUUCGGCCAAGAAAAAACUUAAUCUACAAAACGUAUUCGAAGAGGCGGUAAGAGCUGUAGAAAAGAAACCUAAAAGUAAGCCACAAUGUAGAAUUCUUUAGUGCAAUGAAUGAAACCUGGUGCUAAAUUUAAAUUGAGCCUGUGUGUUAGUGUUGUUAAAAAAAAAGAAAAACAAAAACAAGUAUUUAUUUCAAUACUUUAGUUUUAAUCUAAAAUAAUUAUUAUUAAAAUAAAUAAAAUUUAAAAAUUUAUAAUAUAUUUUUU